AUGCCUGCUCCGCUCAACCCCCACCCGAAGCAUACGCCCUCGUUUGCGUCGGAGUCUCAUAACGACGGACCCCCACGAGUGCAGGUCUCGCAUGAAGAUGAAAAUGCCAUUGCGGACAUUCAUCGCACAUUAACAGAAAAGACUGUCGAGGAUAAGUAUGCCGAGCCGCAUUCUUCAUUCGACAAAUUCCUCGAAGAACAGGCCCAAGGGAAAAAUCGAUCCAAUCUUGGGGUCUGUUUCCAGUCGCUCUCAACAUGGGGCGAUGGAGAUAGCCAUGUCGAUGUGAAGACACUCGGCACCGCCCUCUGGCGAACUUUGACCAUGCAGGAUAUCUAUGAAUGGACUAUCCAGCCAUGGUUCUCGAAGAAGAAGCCCGAAGAAGGCCGCCAGCUGAUUCGAGACUUCUCUGGUGUAGUCCAGAGCGGCGAAAUCAUGCUCGUAUUGGGACGCCCGGGCGCAGGCUGUUCGACAUUCCUCCGCACUGUUGCAUCCCACCACAGUUCCUUCCUGGGAGUCACCGGCUCCAUCGACUACUCAGGCCUGAGUCAGGAAGAAGUUCAGAGCCACUACCGCGGAGCGGUGGCCUACGUCCCAGAAGAUGACGUUCAUUUCCCAACUCUGACCGUUCGCCAAACCCUCGAGUUUGCCUUGCAAAGCAAAACUCCCAAGCGCUACCGGGAGAGAAUCCCCCGCUACCUGGAGAUCUACGGCCGUGUCUUUGGUAUGUCGCAUACCAUGAACACGCUGGUCGGAAACGAAUAUAUCCGCGGUGUAUCCGGCGGAGAACGCAAGCGCAUUUCGAUCAUCGAGUCGCUUGCCACCGAUUCCUCCGUUACAUGCUGGGACAACUCGACAAGAGGACUUGAUGCUUCCUCUGCGCUGGAUUAUGCGCGCAGCCUGCGCAUUAUGACUGACACCUGUGGCAAAGCAACGCUUCUCACCUUGUACCAAGCCUCGGAUGCCAUUUACGACCUCGUCGAUAAGGUCUUGCUCAUCGACGAAGGACGGAUGCUGUUCCAAGGCCCUGCCAAUGAAGCCAAGGCAUACUUCGAAGGUCUAGGAUACGAAUGCGCCGAUAUGCAAACCACCUCCGAUUUCUUGACUAGCAUCACACUCCCGGAGCGUCGACGAUUCCGCGCUGGCUGGGAAGACCGAGCACCCAAGGGUCCCAUCGAGCUUGAAAAGGCAUUCCGGGAAAGCAGUUCAUUCGCAAAGAUUGAAGCUGCCAUUGAGACCUACCAGGAUCAAAAAGUCGGGAGGUCCUCCGGUGCGUGCCCUACCGAUUCAGAGUGCGACAGUGUCGAAGAAUUCAAGAAAAAUAUUCAAAGCGACAAGUCGCGAUUCGUGUCGCCCAAGUCGCCUUAUACCAUUUCGCUGUUCAGACAGGUUGUGCUCUGUGCGAAGCGUCAGAUGUGGCAGUUGAGAGGUCAUAUGAGCCCACUGUACAUCAAGUUGAUCUCUUGUGUUGUAUAUGGCUUGUUGAUUGGUUCGAUGUUCUAUAACCAGCCCAAGACCACCGAGGGGAUGUAUUCCCGCGGUGGUGUCCUCUUCUACUCGUCUAUUCUGCUUGCUUGGUUGCAGAUGUCCGAGUUGGAAGAGGCGAUGCAGGGUCGUGAUAUUUUGAGUCGACAAAAGAAAUUUGCAUUUGUCAGGCCUAGCGCUGUGUGUCUGGCGAGAUUCCUCUCGGAUUUGGUGAUCACCAUGGUCUUGACAUUCUUAUACUUGAUCGUGAUGUACUUCCUUUCUGGAUUGAGAGCUGAUGCUGGUCCCUUUUUCAUCGAUUUCCUCUUCAUCUACACAUGCACCGUCUGUCUCACUGCGCAGUUCCGCGUUUUCGCCUCACUAUCCAACAAUUUCGAGGUCGCCUUGCGUUACUGCGGUGUCUCUGUCCUCUUUUGCAUUGUCUUCGGUGGUUAUGUUUUGUCCGUCGACAAGAUGAUUCAGGAUGUUCCAUGGGUAGGAUGGCUUGCAUAUACCACUCCCGCCUUGUUCACCUAUGAAGCCGUGAUGGCCGCCGAGUUUCACAACGUCAACUUCACCUGCGCGACUGGAUCCAUCAUUCCUUCUGGUGCAGACUACACAGAUCUCGCUCUCCAGACCUGUGCCUACGCUGGUAGCAAGGUCGGCAGCCUGGUCGUUAACGGCGAUGACUAUCUGGCCGCUAAAUAUGGCUUCUCUUACAGUCAUGUCUGGCGCAACUUUGGUAUUUUGUGUCUGUUUACCGUCGCAUUCAUCAUCAUGACCUGCUGGUUGAGUGAGGUCAUGGAAUGGGAGCUAGACAGCGCCGGUCCUAUCGAGUACAAGGGUUCCCCCAAAUUGUUCAACCGGAAGAAGAACGUGCAGUCCGAUGAAGAGAAGGCGCCCGUUUCUGUUGACUCGAAUGCUCCGCCUGCUGCUCACAGCGGUAAGGGCGAUCAGGUUCUCGCAGCUACGGAAACAACCUUCUCGUGGUCAGACCUAGAGCUCCAUGUGCAAAUCGGAAAGGAGACUCGAAAACUUCUGGACAAUGUCUGUGGAUAUUGCAAGCCUGGCUCGCUGACUGCUCUUGUUGGUGCGUCUGGUGCAGGCAAGUCGACAUUACUGACGGCACUUACACAAAGAGAGAGCCCUGGUGUUCUCACUGGAUCCCUCUUCGUUGACGGCCGAUCCAUCGACGAGUCUUACAACCGCCAGAUUGGAUACUGCCAGCAGAUGGACAUCCACGAUGAGAGCGGCACGAUCCGUGAAGCCUUUGAAUUCUCUGCCCUUCUUCGUCAGAGCGAUGAGGUUUCCAGAGAGGAGAAGUUGGCGUAUGUUGACACAGUCAUCCACACCCUUGACUUGGUCGAGCUACAGGACGCAAUCAUUGGCUCCUUGGAUAUUGAGAAGAAAAAGCGUGUCACUAUUGGUGUCGAGCUCUGCGCUCGCCCCAAGCUGCUUAUGUUCCUGGACGAGCCGACCAGUGGACUUGACAGCCAAGGUGCCACCAACAUCGUUGCUUUACUCCGUCGCCUCGCAAACCAAGGACUCGCCGUUCUCUGCACCAUCCACCAAGCCAACCAGCAACAAUUCGAAGAGUUUGACCGCGUCCUCGCGCUCAGCCCAGGAGGAAUGACAUAUUACUUUGGCCCAGUCGGUGAAUCCGGCCGAGCGAUCUUCGACUACUUCGCCAGACACGGCAAUGUUCCCGAGAAGGUCACCAAUGCCGCAGACUUCCUGAUCGAGGUUGUCGUCGGCGGAAUGAAAGCUUCAGAGGCCAACAAAACAAACUGGGCCUCUGUGUGGCGCAACUCCCAGGAAUACACGGAUGUCAAGAAUGAAAUUGCCAAUAUCCGCUCCGACCAAACCACUCCACCCUCUCUGCCUCCGACUCAACCAUCGCUCCUUACUCGAACCUUCCUCUUGACCCAGCGCACUGGUCGCCAGUUCUGGCGUACCGCAGAGUAUCCCUACUCGCGCCUCUACUCAUCCUUCCUGCACGCGUUGAUCAACGGUCUGACCUACUUGCAAAUCGGUAACAGUACCACCGACAUGCAAUCGAAAGCAUUCUCAUGCUUCCUGGUUCUCAUGCUGGUUCCCGAGUUCAUCAACGCCAUCUCAAUGCGAUUCAUUCUGAACCGCGACAUCUGGCUGGCGAGAGAAGGCCCGAGCGGAGUGUACGGUUGGCUUUCCUUCUGCACGGCGCAGAUCGUUUCCGAGAUCCCAUACACUGUUGUUGGCAGCGUGGUCUUCUUCGUUCUCUAUUACUUCCUAGUUGGCUUGCCGCUUGGCUUUGCGGCUGGAUAUAGUUUCUUGAUGUUCUUCCUUUUCUUCUUGUUCGCGACGUCCUGGGGGCAGUGGAUUGCUGCUAUGAGUGCCGACUCUAUGAUCGCCGCUACUCUCAUGCCCUUCUUCAUUAUCAUGUGCGAGCUUUUCAACGGUAUCCUCCAGCCGCACAGUCAGAUGCCCGCUUUCUGGAAAUACACCAUGUACUACGUCACGCCGUUCACGUACUGGAUCGGUGGUGUGCUUACCUCCGUUCUGCGCGGUACUGAAGUCGUGUGCGCUCAGAGCGAGUUGACGAUUUUCGGAAGUCCUCCGAAUGUUACCUGCGGCGAGUACGCGGGCGCUUGGCUGGAGUCCAAGGGGGUGGGAUAUUUGUCCAACCCUGAUGGAACUGGAGAGUGUGGAUACUGUGAAUAUAGCCACGGUGACGAUUAUCUUUCCGGCCUUGGUCUUGACUCUUCCAAAAUUUGGCCUUACUUUGGCAUUUUCUUGGCUUUCACCGUCACUAAUUAUUUGAUGGUCUACUUGAUGGUUUAUUUGCGAUCGGUGAUGAAGAUGAAAAAAUAA